UUCAUUAGCAUUUUUUCAAAGCAAAUAUCUUUGAGGGUCUGUGAAUAGUCGCGCGAAAAUGCUAUCUACUGAGUUUUCCCAGAGAUGUUCUAGAAUUUGGGGAUGGCCGACCAUUAAGCGCAAAUUGAAGUCUAUAACCCGAUUGAAUAGCUUCCUUUAUUUCUUCGCUUUGGAAACCGGAUGCAGGAUGAUAGCCCUGUUUGAGGCCUUGUACAGUGUGAUGCAGAUCUGCAGUUUAUAUCAUCUGGUCCAACAAUCGAAGCCAAGUGUACUUCUACCGGAUCCCUUUUGGAUCACAAAAAUCGAACUAAACGGCGAAGUCAAUAGGCUGUUUCUCUAUCACACGAAUCACCGUUUUUGCAUGGCCCUCUGUUUGGUCACAGUUCUCAACUCGAUGCUGCUCUAUAUAGGAACCAAAUGGGGUCACAAAGUUUGCUUAUUUCUUUGGAUUUACAUUUCGGUCUUCACGACUCUUAUGUCGAAUACCAAUAACACGCUACGCAACUUUACUUUAAUGCAAUGUCUCUUCUUAUUUCCGUCAUUAACUCUUGAAACCUAUUUUGCCGUGAUAGUUGCAUCAUUGAUAUGUAAAUACAACGAGAAACCCAAGGAAUGUAAAUCAGGUUUUGAAGUGCUCUCCUCAGACAGCGAAGAUCUUUAGGCAGCUAAGGAGGUUUUAUAGAGGAUAUGAAUGAAAUCUGGGGAAACCUAAGGUUUAUAAAGCGCUAUCGAAUCUAUCGACAUUAAAAUCUCCCGAGAUGUCGGUGA